UCUUUGCUACCAUGCAUAGUGCUUCCAUUUGGAUUCUACUCCUGUUUGUCCGUCUAGCUCUUGGGGAGAGCGGAGAUUCACAAUAUGACGAUGAUGAAAAAGAAGAAGUGGCAAUAGACUUUGUGUGCUUUAGCAGCUUCCAUGUUGACCUACGUGAACUUUUUUGUAGUUUGAACAACUCACUUGAAAAGGAUAUCAGGGAUGUUCAUUUUAAAUUAUGCAGCAUGGAAGAAAACAUAAAUGACGACUGCCAAAAAAUGAGGAAAGUUAAGGACAACUACAGAAUUACUAAUAUUUAUCAAGAUUUAUACAAUGUUUGUGCAAGUAUUUCUGAAAAAGUUACCUGCAAAGAGUAUAGAGCAGACAAAAUAGUACUCGGCAAAACACCACUAAAUCUAACAGUUUCAUAUGAAAAGAUCGAUGAACUUAAAAUUGCAUUCACAGCACCUUAUGGAAGUAAAGACAUGCUGGAGAAAAAUGUACAAUAUGAAAUCCAGAUGCGUAAGGUCAAUAAGGAAUGGCCAGAGUGCAAUGAAGAUAUAAAGUCCAACAAAAUGUGCAUAUUUACUAUGUAUGAGGAAGUGUUCAUUCCAAACAGGAACCUAGAACCCGGUGCACAAUAUGAAACAAGAGUCAGAGCAAAGCCAGCAAACAUGUUUAGUGGAACACCAAGUGCAUGGAGUAGAGUGGUCUUCUUUAAUACCACAUUAAAAGGGGACGGCAAAUCAAUUUCAGGUGAAAAUCAAUUAGAUCAUCAAAUGACAAUGCUGAUCAUCACGCUUUCUUCUGUCAUCUUGCUGAUUCUAAUUAUAAUCAUAAUGAUUUUAAUAUUUUGGAAAACCAGAAUUAAACCUCGACUGUGGCCAGAAAUUCCAGAUCACAAAACUGUAUUGGAAAAAUUAUGCAAGAAGCCAGUUAAGGAUCACCAUAUCAGUUUCAACCCACAACUUUUCGAGAACAUGUCUAUUAAUAAAGUGGAUUAUGUGCAUGCAGAAGAGCUAAUAGAAGAACACAAUCUACCCCCACCUGAAGCUGAAGCGGAUUUGGAGUCUGAAUCCAUAACUCUUGCUGCAAGUGAAAGCAAUGAACCACCAAAUGGGAAUGCUAUUAGUUUCUCCUUGGAUAACCAGAAUGUACCAUAUAACAAUUUCUCUGAUAACAUCACUGCUAUGGAGAGCCACAAAACCAAUGUAUUUGGCAACACUGUAACGAAUGAUAGUAUUUUCUCACAAUCUCGUGGAAGUUGUGAUAAAAUCCAAAAUAGUACGACUGAAGACACAUCCUCUUCUACAGUGGAAAAUGUAUCCAUUCAGUCAAAUGCUGGAAAACAGAUGCCUUGUGGCUUUAAGGUAUUGUCUUGGGAAGAAGCAUAUAUUGCAAUGUCUGCCUUUAAGACACCCAUCAGUGCUACCAAAUAAUAAUUCAUACAUAUAUGGAUUGUUACACUUGGCACAGCAUUCUGACCUAAACUGGAAUGAGAUCACUUACUGUCAUUUUAUAUGGCAUGGCAUGAAAAGAAGAUGACGUGAUGUCAGAAGACUCCAUAAAACGGGGAGGAAAAACACCAGAAGAUAAGAAUGGUACUUGCCAAUAACCUUUAUAACUAUACUUUAUUAACAAAAAUAUUUUGCUGCCAGAUUUUUUUAUUUUAUUUUUUUAGGAAUCAUUAUUGAGAGGAUGACAGUAGAAUGUAAAUACAUGUUUAGAAAGUAAACUUAGUAUGAAAAUAAAGGGAAAAGAGAAGAGCUGUGGUUAGGUAGGGGAUAAAUGCCAAUGGGGUGGGGGAAGAGGCUAAAAUAUAUUAUUAUGACUGGGUCAAAAUAGUUUCUGUAAACAUAGUUUGGAAAUGGAGGCUGUGUUUAAAGGAACACUAUAGUGUCACGAAUACAAACAUAUAUUCCUGAAACUAUAGAAUUAGACUAACUAGUUAGGCCCUCAGCCCCUUUGCCUCAUAUUGAGGCCCCCUUGCCUUGCCUUUUCUCUCACGCCAUACGGUCUCACUGCAGCUAGCGCCACCAUGGCUGAGAUCAAUCUUGAUGAUCUCCACAAAUCUGAUGCUUUACCAUAGGAACGUAUUGGGAGGCUAUUGCGCCAAUGAGCAACUCCUCAUAUGUGCAUGCAUUGAAUCCAUGUAUCUCUAUGAGGUACAUGUAGGGUCUCUAUGCACAGCACAUUGUGCAGUACUGACCCAGGAAGCACCUCUACUGGCCGUCUGAGUGACUGUCACCAGAGGUGUUACUAUGCACCAAUGUAAACAUCUCUGAAAAGGUGUGGUUUACAUUGUAGAGCCUUCAGGACAAGCAAUAUACACCAGAACCACUA